AUGCGCAUUGUUGAAAGCAGUGUCAACACAGGUUCUAUAUGGAAAAGCAACAUGGCAAUGAAAGCAACGAAGACACUGCCUCUCUUUAUUUUAGCCAGCCUGUCGAUCUGCUUGUGCAUCUGCAAAGCGGAGGACAGUGCAAUGGAGAACAUCGUAACAGAGAAGAAGGCUGAGGAAAGCCACAGACAAGACAGUGCCGAUCUACUCAUCUUCAUUAUGCUCCUCACCCUCACAAUAUUAACUAUUUGGCUUUUCAAGCAUCGCCGGUUCAGAUUCUUGCAUGAGACGGGAUUAGCUAUGAUAUAUGGGCUGCUCGUUGGUGUGGUCCUUCGCUAUGGUAUCCAUGUUCCUCGAGACGUCAACAGUGUGACAUUAAGCUGCCACGUCAAUGCCAGUCCAGCCACACUACUGGUCAACGUCAGUGGCAAAUUUUAUGAAUACACUCUGAAGGGGGAGAUCAGUGCUAAUGAGGUGAAUGAUGUGCAAGACAACGAGAUGCUUCGGAAGGUGACCUUUGACCCUGAGGUGUUCUUCAAUAUUUUACUGCCUCCCAUUAUCUUCCAUGCUGGCUACAGCUUAAAGCGGAGACACUUCUUCAGGAACAUGGGCUCUAUCCUGGCCUAUGCAUUUGUGGGGACAGUUGUGUCUUGUUUCAUCAUUGGGUUGCUGAUGUAUGGUUGUGUAAUGUUGAUGAAGCAGAUAGGACAGCUGGGUGGAGACUUUUUCUUCACCGACUGUCUGUUCUUUGGGGCCAUUGUGUCAGCUACUGAUCCAGUAACCGUCUUGGCUAUCUUCAAUGAGCUACAAGUGGAUGCUGACCUGUACGCCCUGCUGUUUGGCGAGAGCGUGCUGAAUGACGCCGUUGCCGUCGUCCUGUCCUCGAUUCUUCUGUAUUUCGGGAGGCAGAGCAGGGCAGGCCGACACAGCCCUGGAGCCGUAGCUCCGUGGGCGGAGGGGAUGAAUGUUACACAGAGAACUCCCUUAAAUGGGUCCAUCGUGGCGUACCAGCCCGAGGGGGAUAACACCCACACGUUUGAAGCCAUGGCCAUGCUCAAGUCCUUCGGCGUGUUUUUGGGAGUGUUCAGCGGUUCCUUUGCUCUGGGUGUGGUGACUGGAGUCAUGACUGCAUUGGUCACCAAGUUCACUAAACUCCGAGAUUUCCAGCUACUGGAAACAGCCCUCUUCUUCCUCAUGUCCUGGAGCACCUUCCUCUUGGCCGAAGCCUGCGGAUUCACAGGAGUGGUGGCUGUUUUGUUCUGUGGAAUCACACAGGCUCAUUACACCUACAAUAACCUUUCCCCUGAAUCACAGGAUAGGACCAAGCAGCUGUUUGAGCUGCUGAACUUCCUGGCUGAGAAUUUCAUCUUUUCGUACAUGGGCCUGACGCUGUUCACCUUUCAGAAUCACGUCUUCAAUCCCACCUUCAUCAUCGGGUCAUUCCUGGCCGUGUUCCUGGGCAGAGCCGCUAACAUUUACCCCCUGUCCUUUCUCCUCAACUUGGGUCGCAGGAACAAGAUCAGCUCCAACUUCCAACACAUGAUGAUGUUUGCAGGGCUGCGUGGAGCGAUGACUUUCGCUCUGUCCAUCAGAGACACGGCCACGUACGCCAGGCAGAUGAUGUUCUCCACCACUCUGCUGGUGGUUUUCUUCACUGUGUGGAUUUGUGGAGGAGGUACCACGCAGAUGCUCUCCUGCCAGCAUAUCCGUGUCGGAGUGGACGCGGACCAAGAAAACUCAAUUGGUCCUGACGGAAUUGAACGAAGGAGCACCAAACACGAAAGUGCCUGGUUGUUCAGGAUCUGGUACAACUUCGACCAUAAUUACCUAAAGCCAAUUCUCACACACAGUGGGCCCCCACUCACUGCCACACUGCCGGACUGCUGUGGUCCACUGGCCCGCUGUCUCACCAGCCCUCAGGCGUACGAGAAUGAAGGUCAGCUGAAGGACGACGACUCUGACCUCAUCCUGAAUGACGGCGACAUCAGCCUGUCCUACGGCGACAUCACGGUCAGCACGGACGCCACGGGCGCUCACACGAGCGCAGGUCCGGCCGGCACCGGCGCAAUGAACUCAGACGAAGCUCUGGACCGCGAGCUGGCCUUCGGCGACCACGAGCUGAUCAUCCGAGGCACGCGACUGGUCCUCCCCAUGGACGACUCCGAGCCGCCUCUGCCCGUGGAGCCCCGCCGCCACCGCACUGGGGCUCCGAGCUGA